GUCAUUGGUCUUUGCUCGUUUUGUUGUUUAUUGCAUGUCUAUUGUUUGAGUCUUCUACGAUAUAAAGAAAACUAAUUUAAUUAAUUAAAAUUCAAUAGUUUGCUAUUAAAUAAUAACCAUGGAGGAAGACAACAUAGUCUCUUCUUUCUUUGUUGAAAAUGCUGUUGAGGCAGAUAAACAUGAAACAAUCCCAGAAGAUUUCCUAGACUUAAUUGAUGAGUUAAACCUUAAACUGUCUGAAUUUCAAAUACCAUCGCCAGUCGAAUGUGUUUACAAUCCUACCCUGUAUGCCAGACAAUCCUUUGAAAUGUACAUCCGAAACUUUUGCAAUUCAAAGAAAAAGAUAAUGUAUUUUGGAAUGAACCCGGGUCCGUGGGGAAUGUCACAAACUGGAGUGCCAUUUGGUGAAGUAAACUUGGUAAGGGAUUGGCUGGGAAUCAAUGGUCCUGUGGGAAAACCUGAAAAAGAACUGAAAGCUCGACCUGUCAAUGGCUUUGGGUGUACUAGAUCUGAGAUCAGUGGAAAGCGGUUUUGGAAUCUUUUUAAAUCAAUAUGUGGAGUCCCGCAAAACUUUUUCCAGACAAGUUUUGUUUACAAUUAUUUACCACAACAGUGGCUGAAAAGUAAUGGCUGCAAUGUUACUCCAGGUGACUUUAAAGCAUCUCAAAUGCAACCACUAUAUGAUAUGUGUGACCCAACAUUUAUUAAAGUGUUAAAGUUAUAUGAUGUUCAAAUCAUUGUAGCCAUUGGAAAGUUCUGUGAAACAAGGGCUAAAAAAGCUGUUGAAAAACACCUACCAAAUAGUUCUGUUCAGAUAUAUUAUCUACCGCACCCCAGUCCAAGGACAGUAAACAAUAACGAUUGGGAUAAAAAAGCUAUCGAACAUUUGAAUAAAUACAACCUGAUCCAGUACUAUAAUAAUAGCAUUAAAACUGAAGAAAAAACUUGAAAGGAGAAGUAAUGUAAUGAUGUUGAUUAAGUAUUGUUUAAGUAUUGUAAUAAUUCAUCGACUU